UCAGCUGCAAAUUGAGCUUCACCGAAGAAGCAACUCUCUCUCUCUCUCUCUCUCUCUCUCUCUGGGAAGGUGAAGGUGAAGGUGAAGGUGAAGGUGGAGAACCAUGGGGAUCAGAUUCAUACUGAUGGUGAACAAGCAAGGCCAGACCCGUCUCGCCCAGUACUACGAAUACCUCACCCUCGAAGAAAGGCGAGCUCUUGAAGGCGAGAUCGUUCGCAAAUGCCUCGCCCGCACCGAGCAACAGUGUUCAUUUGUUGAGCAUCGCAAUUACAAGAUUGUCUAUAGGCGCUAUGCAUCACUUUUCUUCUUGGUUGGAGUUGACAAUGAUGAGAAUGAGCUUGCGAUCUUGGAGUUCAUACAUUUACUAGUUGAAACAAUGGAUCGUCAUUUCGGCAAUGUGUGUGAACUGGACAUCAUGUUCCACUUGGAGAAGGCGCAUUUCAUGCUGGAGGAAAUGGUCAUGAACGGAUGCAUUGUGGAGACCAGCAAAGCAAACAUAUUGGCACCAAUACAGCUGAUGGAGAAAUCAUCAUGAAACCAUACCCUGUUGAGUGUCCUGAUUUUCUCUUGACGGCGCAUCAAGGUUACAUAUUAGAGAAGAGAGAAUUUUUUGGUGAAUAUACAUUACACAAUCUCGCUCGUUAUAAUUCGCAAUCCGUGCUUGAUUGUAGAAUUUGGAGGAUAAAUUGUGGAUUUUCGGGGAAACUGAUUAUGGGGCGGUGCAGUCUUUUUUGCCAAUAUUACUGGAGUUGUAAUGUAUAUUUCUGAUAAAUGUCUGAUAUGCAUUCAA